UCUCGUGGCGGCUCUUGCAGUGGCCGACCGUUAGCGCAUAGUGUUCUGUACAACUUCAAACGUCAGAAACUUUACGUAGUUCGAAUAACCACCCGCAUUUACCGGCUAGAACAGUAAAUAUCACUCCGUGUGUUUAGUUUAGUGGCUUGUUUGUUGAAUGCUUAGUUGUAUUAAGUGCUUUGUUUAAUCUUAUCCAGUUUCUAAAGCUCGUAUUUUCGGUUUUGUGGAAAGCACUGGCAUCGAGUGCAUGUGAGUGGAAGAUCCUGUUGCACUUUUAAUAACGGCGGUGGAACAAAAUGGCGCGUCGUACGAAGAACCGCUGCCGGAUGCUGGAAUCGAUAACCACUUGAAAUCAGUUCAGCUUCACUUAGAGUAAGCACAACUAAUCCAACUUCUAAGAAGUUAAACUGUGAUAGAAAAAAACUAUUUAUUAACAACCAAUAUGAAUCUGAAGAUUAUAUCUUUACUACUAACGUGGAAUUGCAUUCUCAUAUCGGCAAAAAGAGAUUCUUUCGAAGACGAAGAGGCUGCAAGAGCAAGAGAGCUGCGGAACCGGGAAAACAACCGCAACCGGACUACAUUUAACGGAACUCUCACUGAUCUUCCGGAAAGAAGAAAUUUAAGGCAUCGGAAUAGUUCAAGAUUCCGUGGUGAUAGGCGUAGACUUUGGGAACGCGAUCAUGAGAUAAGACGAGAUAGGCGAAGAGGCACUGAGUCUUCUGAAGACUACCAAACUAAUAGAACUGAACCGUACAGCUUGAAGAAAGAUGAAAAGCUUCGUAAGUCAGAGAAACAUUGGAAUAGAAGUAAUGCAGAAAAAUUCUCAUCUGAGAAGAGGAAGCCUAUAAAUCAAAGCAAAGUGGUUGACAGAUUUCACCCAGUGCCUGUCAGGGAGAAUUCGACAAGGCCAAAAGUGAGGCCUCCGAACAAAUGGCAGACUGAGAAGUUCAUUCCAUAUCCUCAGCAGAGGGAGAGGAAGCCAAACAUUAUACUGAUUCUGACUGACGAUCAAGAUGUGGAAUUGGGAAGCUUAAAUUUUAUGCCGCGAACAAUGAAAGCGAUUCGCAGCGCUGGGGCGGAGUUCCGGCAUGCUUACACAACAACGCCGAUGUGCUGUCCUUCUAGGAGUUCCCUUUUAACGGGCACAUACGUCCAUAAUCACAAUGUCUACACGAACAACGACAAUUGCUCUUCACCAAUGUGGCAGGCUAAAUAUGAGACAAAUACCUUUGCCACCUAUCUCUCCAACGCUGGUUACAGGACAGGCUACUUCGGCAAGUAUCUGAACAAGUAUAACGGGUCGUACAUCCCCCCCGGAUGGAGGGAAUGGGGAGGUCUGAUCAUGAACUCCAAAUAUUACAAUUACAGCAUUAACAUGAACGGGAAGCGGAUCAAACAUGGCGAUGAUUAUCAUCGGGAUUACUACCCAGAUCUCAUAGCCAACGACUCAAUAGCAUUCCUGCGAGCUUCAAAGAGACGUUUCUCCAGGAAACCAGUUCUGCUGGUGAUGUCGUUCCCUGCUCCGCACGGCCCCGAAGACUCCGCCCCGCAGUUCUCACAUCUCUUCUUUAAUGUUACCACGCAUCACACUCCCACAUACGAUAUGGCUCCGAACCCUGACAAACAGUGGAUCCUGCGCGUGACCGAGAAGAUGAAGCCCAUUCAUCGCCAGUUCACCGACCUGCUCAUGACCAAGAGGCUUCAGACGCUACAAAGCGUUGAUAUGGCUGUAGAACGAGUGUACCAAGAGCUGAAAGCUCUAGGAGAAUUGGACAAUACGUAUCUCGUUUACACUUCGGACCACGGCUAUCAUCUCGGACAGUUCGGACUUGUUAAGGGCAAAAGCUUUCCUUUUGAAUUCGACAUUAGGGUGCCUUUCCUUGUGCGUGGACCUGGAGUCGAACCGGGCACUGUUGUGGACGACAUAGUGUUAAAUAUCGACCUGGCACCAACGUUCCUGGAUAUGGGCGGCGUGGAGUCACCACCACAUAUGGAUGGGCGAUCAUUGCUACCGUUGCUGCAACCCAGGAGACGGCGCCAGGCAGCUGCUCGUUGGCCUGAUACCUUCCUCGUAGAGAGUUCGGGCCGGCGUGAGACGCAAGCGCAUCUAUUAUUGAAAUACAAUCGCGACAUGUACCAGCCCACUACCACGCACUCACACGAAAUCUCCUCUGAAAGUGGAGACUUCGAGGAGGACGGUGACGAUGAUGACUUUCUGGAGGAUGACGAGGAUGAUGAUGAUGACGAAAGCACGGAAGACACGAGUGAGUCGGCGAAAGCAGAGCCGUUGUUGUCAAAUGAGAGCCACAAUCCAGUGUUGGAAGAAAGUUUGGAGAAGGCAUUAGACGCUGAAGAUAGUGCUAUUAACCAUCAAGCUAACUUUCUCACUCCUGCAGAAGCAAGUAUUGCGAGUGGUAAAGCAGCGAGACUGGCUGUGGAAUGUUCAAAGGCAGAGUUGCAGGCGCCCUGCACGGCUGGCCGCAAGUGGAAGUGCGUACUUGUUAACGGCCGGUGGCGACGCCACAAGUGUAAAUAUGAGUCCGAAAUCAACGUACCUCAACCAAAGAUGAGUACAAAGAAAUGCGCCUGUUUCACACCAAGUGGACUUGUCUACACCCGACUGGAAACCGAUGGCACCAUAGCUCGAAGACCUAGUGAUCAAAAAAACAACAACAACAGAACUCGAAGGUCUAUCGACAAUGACGUUUAUGAACCUAACACAGUUGAAAGCAUACUUAAAGAAAACCCUAGUAUUGGGCAUUUAAGUUUCAAAAAUGAUGAACGAGAAUAUAAAAUCACAAAGGAUAAGAUAGACCAACUAAUAGAACAAACAGAAGCUUUUCUUGAAGCUUACGAACGUACCAAAGAAAAUAUAGAGCAUAAGAGAACUAAGAGAAGGGCACAACACGCACAGUUUUCGAAUCAUAAUAAACACAAGCGCCGAAAUGAAGCUGUAACGAACAACGACGAAUCGUCCCUUGAAUGUAAGAUAGACAAAGAUGGCCAAGUGAACUGCUCGCAAGUUAUUUACAACGAUCUGAAAGCAUGGCACACAAACAGACUUAGUUUGGAAGAUCAAAUUCGUCAAUUAAGAACGAAACUUGAAGAUUUGAAAGAAAUAAAAAGGCAUUUGAAAACAACUAAACCUCUUAUUGAAAAUAACCAAACACAGACAGUUCACACUAUUCAUAUGAACAAUCACCUAUACAAUAAGAGUUUACUACACGAACACAGUUCUAAAGAACAUUUAAGAAGAGGAAGGCUCCACCGAUCAAAACCGAAACACAGAAACAACACUUCAUUUGAUAAGAAGUUUAGACAGUCCAAUGAAUAUGUCAUACCUACUGUAAAUGUUAAUACGAAUACCAAAGACGAUGUAUUCGAUGUUCAGCUGAAAAACGACACUGUGACUGAAACAAUAAUACGAGCUACUUUUAAAGUAACCACUGAAGAGAGUACAAUCAACGAUUCUAUACCAAUUCUAGGUGAAUUGCCAAAGCCUCAGGUUACAACAGUAAUAAUUGAAAAUAGUAACUACUACAACCACAAUCCAAAAGAUGAUAAAAUCAUAGUACAAAAUACUACAACAACAGAUGAUAUUCCAACAACAGAAUUCGCUAAACUCUUUGAAAUGGUUAACAAGAAGCAGGCAACAGAUGAAGUGGUUGAUAAAGAAUCUCCGGUUGAUUUUUCUCAAACUUUAAAUUAUUUCAACUCUGCAAUAGACAAGGUCUUAUCUACAGAAAAAUCUACCGACAAAAUUAUGACUACUAGUUAUUCACAAACACUUGCGUCUACUACUCUCACAUCAAGCACACAUAGACCUUCAACUGUAGAGGCUACGACUAAUCCAAACUUAGGACCGGCGAGACUUGACGCUUCGGAAUAUGAGAAAAGAAAUCCAAACAGAAACGGUAGCAAUAAUAUGGGAAUAUUUAGUAACCCUGGUGAUUUGUUUCAAAAGAGACUCCAUCCAUUAUUCAUUGAAAAUGAGGAUAAACAUGUUUGCUACUGCGAAGAAACGAGGAAGAAUAGAGGCCCUGGUCACAGUUACCUCGAAGCGGCACAGAAAGCUAAAGAAGAGCGCAGGAAACUCAAAGAACAAAGGCUUCGAAAGAAAAUGAGGAAAGCUAAAAAAAAGGCGGAACUGGAAAGACUGUGUGAAUCAGAGCGAAUGAACUGUUUCCGUCAUGACAACGAGCAUUGGCGUACUGCACCUCUCUGGACUGCUGGACCAUUCUGCUUCUGUAUGAGUGCCUCUAACAACACAUACAACUGCGUCAGGACAAUAAACGCUACUCAUAAUUUGCUGUACUGCGAGUUUGUUACUGGCCUCACAACUUAUUACAACUUGAGGAUUGAUCCCUUUGAAACACAGAACCGUGUCAAAUACUUGACCACAGCAGAGAAAGAAUAUUUCCACAAUCAGUUGCAGCAGUUGCUAAGUUGCCGUGGUCCGUCAUGCCGAAGAUUUUCGCAUUCUAAUCCUAAUGGUAGUGGUGAGGAGGUAACAAAUAGGCGCUUCGAAGACGAUCACAUGCUUAGAGGCGAAAAUGUUGGAUAUAAUGAACGGGCAUGGCGAUCGAGCGGUUAUGGUCGUCGAUAUGCACGAGCUCGAGAGCUACACCGGCGGCGGCACAUGACCGUAUUCUAGUCAACUUCACUUUUUUCACUGGAAAUGACAAAGGCAGACGACUCUGCUCCUUUCAGAUCACUAGACAAGGCCAGAGUUGCAUACAAGUCAACAGUACUCCCAGAGUAUCUUGUCUGAAAUACUGAUUUAAUAUCAAUUUAUGAUUAUUCAUAGAUAUGUAAGAUAAGUAAUUAAAACAUUGAACAUGUAGGGCUUCCUGUAAUCUUUUCAGUGAAUUCUUUGUAGGUUUAAUGUAUCGCUUUUAUUGCAAGGUGAAAUAACUAUAACACUUUUUAGGUGGUCUAACUUACCAACAACUGUGAAAUGUUUACUUUAGAAAUUAACACUGACUGCCUACAUUCAAAAAUAUAUUCAGAUACACUUUAUCUCAUAACUAUUUUCAUUUUCCGAAAUACAAUUUUUCACCUUGUCUAUAUACUUGAUGUAUGUAUUGUCUUCACUAUGAUACAGCUUUACAUUCUGCAUUCUAUAAUUAUGUAUUAGUUUUAAUGGAUAUGUAAUUAUCUUAUUAUAUUGUAUGAAAUUUUAUGAGAUCAAUGUAACCAGCAGUUUCUAGAUGUAUGAGUAUUAUGAAUGAUAUUAUUAAA